AUGUCAACAGAAAGAUCUCUCUUCAAGACCACGGCCUAUGGCCUAUGGUCGUUCCAAUUUGGCUUCCUCUUAAUCGCAGAAACACACCAGGUUCUCGUGGACUCAUUCACCUCCAGCCCAAUGCUCAUCCUUCUUCUGCUUAUCCCUUUCACAUUUGAGCUGUUUCUCCUUUUUACUACAGCAUCUUACAUACCCAUUCUGGCACCAUGGACCAAACGUUUCCACAAGUUCUUCUAUGAAACGAGAGACUGGGCUAUGGUUCUCCCGGUCUUGAGCAUCGUCUGGAUCUUUGGUGUCUUGCUCAUCAGCGGCUUGGUCUUCACAGACCUCAUUGGCGGAGGACCCAUCAACAGAACUCUGGGUUUCAUUCAAUCCUACCUUGGAUUUGUUGCUUAUAUCGUUUACAUCGGGGGUGUUAUAACCUUUAUCCCACUGCCGUUUUGGGCUGCCUUUGUUGGUUUCCAGGCUUGUAUGCGGGUGAAGAACCUUAGGAGCCCUGAGGAGGAAGAGGCGAUGGGAUUGACGGCCAAAGACGACGAUGAGUGGAACGACUUUGAAGAUAAUCGGGGUGACUGA